AUGGCAAAAUUAAAGAUAUUAUGGGUAUUAACCUGCAUGGCCUUAUUAUUUGUGGCCGUACAAGCUCAAGAAGAGGAAACUACAACUGUGCCCGAUGAUGAUGAUACUACUACAGCUGCAGGUGGCGAUGGUGAAGUAACAGAACCCGAUACAAAUGCUACUACCCUUGCUCCAGAGCCAGGUGAGACCACAUGUAAGCCAACUAAACCAUCUCAUCCAGGAGGAUGUGGUAGACCACACCCACCUCAUCAUCAUGGACAUGGAGGAGGAUGUGGUGGUCCUGAGGGAGGUAGAGGUGGUCACGGCGGUAGGGGUGGUCAUGGAGGCAGAGGUGAUCACGGUGGCACACGUGGGCGAGGAGGCAGAGGUGGACGCGGGAGAGGACGUGGAAGAAGUGGUAGACGUCGCGGCUAA